AUGGAAAGUGCAGUGAGUCUUCGACUGGAUUUAAGAAAUGGAACCGGAAAGGAACAAAAAGGAGAGGCCAAAAUUGCCAUAAAAAAAUCUUCAGUAGAGCAUUCGAGAAAAGAGUACAUGAGAGGCAAAGGUGGCCCUGAUAAUGCCUUCUGCACUUACAAAAGUGUAAGGCAGAGGACAUGGGGCAAAUGGGUGGCUGAAAUCCAGGAGCCAAAUUGCGGUGCAAAGGUCUGGCUUGGCACCUUCAAUACUUCACUGGCAGCAUGUGCUUAUGAUGAUGUAGCCAAAAGGCUGUAUGAAAGUUGUGCUAAACUCAGUUUGCCUGACGCUUCACCUUCGACAAGUAAUUUCACUCCCGGUGAUUUUUCUGUGCUGGAUUAUUACGAAAAUAUAAAUGAAAAUGAAAAUUCAAUGCUGGAUGAAGCCUGCAUAUGUAGAGAUAUUAAUGAGGAGUAUGUGCCAUGGGAUACUCCAGUGCCAACCCUGCUUGAUGAGAAACAAAAUCUGAAUUUUUUAGAAUUUUUGGUGGCUGUGGUGGUGGUGGUGGUGGGAAGAAGGGUCUUCAAUUCAGAAGAAACUCUAAUUUCAGUCUUAAUAGAGCAACUGCAACAAAAAUGGACAAGGGCUUAG